AUGUCGUCAACACUAGAAGUAAGUUUGGGGUCUGAAGUUGAUGAAUUCAUGGAUGAGAAAAAGGACGAGAGAGCGCUAGCAAAUAGAGAAGCGGUAAAGCGUUCACGUAUAAAGAAAGAAAAGGAGUGGGAGGACAUUGUCAAUGAAAAGAGCAUGCUAUUAGAGGAUAUAAAGAACAAAAAAAUUGACAUUGAAAACUAUGAGAACGACCAUUCUACGACGGAGAAAGAUAAUAACUCUUUGAAUGCUGAUAAUUUGAUUUGGAAUCAGUAUCUGAAUUGCAUGAACUUGUACAAGGAAAAACUUGGGAUUUCAGACCAGACACUCGAGACUCCGGCACCUAUGUUCAAUCAUUGCGGCAGUCCCAGUUUCGACACUGAUUAG